GACAUGCCAAAUUGUAGUCCAGAUGGUACCAACAGUUUAAGUACGGUAUCAUAUAGCCUAAUUACAUUAAGGGAUUGAUACUGAGGUAGGUCUGUAGGUAUUGCAAUUUAUUGGUUAUGAAGGGUGAGAGUAAGGAUAAAGGUAUUGAGAAUAUUUUUUCAUAGGAUCCUGAGAUUGAGAUUAACACAAAAGAUUCAUCAGAGUCAAGGAGGUGGUCUUUGGAAGGUUUUUCACAUAUUUCACGUCAUUCUGAAUUUACUCAAGCUAGUGCUGUAGUCUUUCUGUUCAUCAGAUAUUAGGUAGGCCUAGCUAGAUGGAGAGAUUUUAGAGAGAAAACAGUCUGACAGUACCGGUACAGCGAUAUCUUUCUCACUGUCUCACUGUGUAGACUAUCUAUCUUUGAUGCAAGCUUCCAAACCAGGUGUAAUACUGCUUCGUGCUUUCGUGAUUAGUCCUGUAGUAGUUUAUUGGGAAACUUCAAUCCAGUGAUUAUAAAGACUAAAAUUAGCGCAAAGUGAAAUUUGCAAUGAGAGAUGCCAAGGUGAGCUACGCUCUUUGCGCAAAAAAGGAACUACGGGAGACUCUGAGAAGUUUUGCAUUUUAUCUGAUUGGUGUGUUUCUGUUUUUGUCUGCAUUUGUAGCAAUAUUCAAUCUACAAUCAAGCAUCAACAUUGAAAAUGGAUUGGGAACAACUGCACUCGGAAUUUCUUAUUUUAUAUCUGUUUUUUUUGCCAUAUUCGGUGCACCGGUUAUGAUAAAUAAAUAUGGGGCAAAAAGAUGUGUUGUUGUUGGUGAUACUGCAAUGUUUAUUUUUCUUCUGGCUAAUUUCUAUCCAACUUAUUACACACUCUUACCUGCCGGAAUUCUGAUGACUGUUUUACAAUCUCCUCAAUUCCCAAGUCUGUCACUUAUGAAUACAUUAUAUGCAAAACAGGUUGCAAAUCUAGGGAAAAAAUCAGAAGAUGUGUAUAUCAUUUCAUUUUCUGGAUAUUUUUUUACAGCCUUCCAAGCUUCUCAGGUAUUUGGUAACAUUCUUUCAUAUGUUAUCUUAUAUGGAUUUGAUCAAAGUGAAAAUGCCAAUUAUUCAAAUAUGUCACUUGGAAACAUAUCAGAAGUAGAUUACAGUAUAUGUGGAUCUGCAGAUUGUCAAAACGAGACUAUAGUGAGUGAGAACAUCUUGAAUUACAAACCUGUGAACAAAAUCUCAUUAUACGUUCUAAUAAGUAUAGCAUUACUACUAGAACUCACAGCAACUCUUGUUCAUGCCUUUCUUUUGCCAAAUGAAGAUGAUUUUAAAAAUAAGUCCCUACAAAUUUCUCAAUGGAAGAUCAAGGAAACUAGUCCUAUAGAUGGCUCGCAUGAAGAUGAAAAUGUUAUUAUGGGCGAAAUUAUGGAAAAAAAAGAUGAUAUUAAUGGUGACAUGGAUAAAAUAUGUGAAACUAAAUCUUGUAUUGAUCAUGAGGAAGAAACUGCUUUCUUGGGGUUGACUGAAAAAAAAACUGAGAGGACAACUACGGGAAUAUGUGAUGUAGCUGUUAAUACUGCACAAUCAUUGAUAAAGCAUGUUGCAGACAAGACGUUCUUGUUACUUAUUCCUAUUACACUAUACAAUGGAUUAUUAAUGGCAUUUGUUUUCAGUGAAUUGACAAGAGCAUAUACCUCAUGUUCAUUAGGUGUACAAUGGGUAGGAAUAUGUAUGGCCAUAUAUGGUCUCUCUGAUGCAGUGUUAUCAUGGAUGGUUGGAAAAUAUGGUAGAAAAUUUGGUCGAAUACAGUGUUAUUUAUUCGCAUUAAUCAUUGAAUGUGGAAAUUAUAUUUAUUGCAUUUUUUGGACAGUUGGAUCUCAUACAUUAAUUUCAAUAUUUGCACUUUUCUUCAUGUUUGGAUUCUCAGAUGGAAUAUUCCAGACAAUUAUAAAUGUGACCCACCUCGAUUUUGCUGAAGACAAGAAGUCUGCUUCAUCUGCCUGGAAUGUGUUGAUUGUUAUUGGAAAUGCUUUGGGGUUUAUUACCAGCACUGUGUUUUGUGUCAGAACAAGAAUUUAUAUCAAUUUAGGUUUCCUAAUAGUUGGAUUCGUACUAUUGGUUAUUUCAGAUAUUAUUCAUCGGAAUCGUAAGAAGAUGAACAGUGAAUGCAGAUAA